CACAAUUCCAAAUUUAAAAUUCCUUUUCCAAAUUUAAAUUGUUUAUAGUUCCAAAUUCGAAAUGACGGCCAUAAUGGAUGACGACAAGUUUACGGACGAAUUGUUGAGGAUGAUGGAUGCGGAGUCGCAUUUUGAGAUGGAUGAAUUGUCGGAGUCCGAUUCUAUGCUUGGUUGUGAGAGCUCCGAAGACGAACCAGAAAACGACAACGAAACGGCCGAUAGCGAAGAUGUCUCGGAGCCCCUCUCCAAGAGAAACUCCGAGUUCAAGUGGACUUCCGACAGGUUCGAACCCAACAUCGUCCCCUUCACAGAAACCCCCUUCGAAAUCGACCCCAUACUCAUGCUCGAAGGAACGAGGGAAAUAGACUACUUCCUACACUACUUCGACCCAGACAUUAUGCUGCAAAUCGUCGAAAGCAUCAACCAAACUUACAGAGAAUACAUCGAUGAUCAGGAAUCCAGCUCGCAUUUAAAGAAAUGGAACGAUUUAACAGUUCCAGAAUUCUACAUCUUCCUCACUUUGUGCAUGCUGAUGACGAGAAACAAAAGAACUAGGCUGGAUGAGCAUUGGUCGACGGACCACCUCUUGUACUCUCCAAUUUUUGGUACCCUUAUGAACCGCACGAGAUUCUCAACUUUACUCUAUCUGUUACGAAAACCGACCAUGUCCACAGAUGUCAACAUCAUUGAUAUCCUAAUACAUCAUGCUCGAACGAAAUUCAAAACUGUCGUAACAAGUCCAUCUAAGAAUCUCUCUGUAAAUGAGACUAUCGUACCCUUCAAAGGGGUUAUGACUCGGCAUGAUAUGAAGAAGACGGGCAUAAAACUCUUCAUGCUUAGGGACUUGAAAACGAAUAUAAUACAUGACUUUACGCUUUAUUUCGGCGGAGAAAAAACAGAUCAAUUCAUCAUGAAUGGAUUGAGGGCAACUGAAACCGUGAUAGCCAGUUUGUUGAAGGAUUAUUACAAUACUUAUAGACACCUGUAUGUUGAUGAGCGAUACACAAGUCCAAGGUUGUUCAAAUAUCUGUAUGAGAACGGAAUUUACGCUUGCGGAAAGACGACUCAAAAGAAAGCGGGAAUGCCUCACUUCAUAAAGAAUUUGAAGCAGUAUGAAGUGUCCGUUGGGUACUGCCAACCGCUCACCGCAAUUCAAUGGCAUAGUCACAGACAUUACACCUACAUGUUAACCACCGUUCAUAACGACGCAAUGCUAACUUUAAAGAAAAGAGACCAGACCACAGGGAACUUCAUAAACAAACCAAAAGCAUCCAUAGACUACUCGAAGAUCAUGAACAUGAAUUUUGCGGACAACUCCGAAUUUAUGAUGUCGACACACCGGAGUUUGUGCCCACUGCACUGGCAUAAGAAACUACUGUUUCAUGUUGUUGACAUGCAUUCACUGAACGCUUUUAACUGCUGGCGGAUGACUAAAGAUCCGUAUAAUAGAACAUCUUAUGCUACGUUCCAGCUGCGGCUUAUAAGACAGCUGAUAGAAAUGUAUAACGGCAGUACUAUAAGUAUAGAUCGACCUGUGAAGAGGAAUAUCAAUAACUCUGUGAACACUUUGCCUGCAGCGGCAGCGCAGCAUAUGCCGACAAAAGCUGACAAAUACCAAAGAUGCAAAGUCUGCUCGAGGCAGAAGAAGCGAAGAGAUACUAAACUAAUGUGCGCUAUGUGCCAGGUAUAUCUAUGCGCUUGUCCAUGCUUUCAAAUAUUCCAUCAGGGGCCUAAUACAACGGAGGGAGAGGGAUUUUCGUAAGAUGCUGUUUUGAUAAUCUACUUUAUUUUUUCUCGCGCUAUUUUUUUUUCAGAAAGAUGCUUUGUAAAUUGAGCUAGAUCUAAAUUUACCGCUUAACUCAAGACAAUGGUAUAUAAUGGUAUGUUGGUUUGGCUGCAUGUGACUGAUUUGUUAUGCUAACUUAGUAAAAUUUAAUCCAUAAGCUAGAUUUAGUCCAAAAAUAAUUUCUAUUAGACAAAAACAAGAAAAUUAAUAAAGAGUUUUUAAUAAAAAAAAACCAACCUUGUUGGAGUUAAGUGGUAGAACUUUAGCUUGUCAGCUUUUAAGUGCGACUUAUUUAAAAAUUGGCGACACAAAUAGUUUUGGUCGGCAACGUUUUCCUGCGUCGCCAAUUUUAUUGCCAUUUAUAUGACGUCAUUUAAGGAAUGGGCUAGGCUGGGAGAGAUAGUUUAAGACGGACUUACUCUAGACGUGGAUCCUCACACCGCUACAAGCGGGACAGAUAUAUACUUUCAUAGCUCUGUCUCGCUCGCACAUCGGUAUGCGGGUCUACAAUGUGGUAACCGCGUAACGAUAUUAAAUAUAUGGAACAGAUUGAGACUGACUUGGAUGUAGAUAUUGGGUAUAGGUAACGGUUUCAGCCCUUCGUUCUCAUAUAUCUCAUUAAAGAAAAGUGUAAUUACUCAUAAGUAUCAUAACUCAUAUUUAUAGUUGUUAAAUGGUUAAGUAUCAAGUGAUUUACUUUUAAUUAUUUAAUAGGAAA